CUUAUGUCGACAGAUUUCGGACUGGUACCGGUUGAAGAGUAUUUGGGACCAGUUUAUAAUGUUCCAGUUAGUAGGAAAUAUGAUGCGGAUCGUCUCACCAAAGAGAUAGCAAUUUUACAGCAUAUCAUCGACUUUUAUGAGUUCAAAUUGGAAAAACGGGCCACAGAAAAGAAAACAACUAUCGCUGAGUUUGUGAAUUGUCUGAUCAAAACUUCUGGACACUACUACACGCCAGUAAUUUACAAAACUAUUUCACAUACCAUCAUAAGUGUGCACAAGUCAUAUGGGAGUUUCAUCGACAUACCCUUGGAUAAAGAUCUUUGGAAGAGUUCGCUAAUCCAUGACUCUGAAUUCAAUCCAAGCCUUACUUCUCAACUCCCGAAUUUCAAAGUUUGUGAUAGUCUUCUGUCGAUUGAACACACUAAAGAAAUAAAUGAUUUCAUUCAUUUGAUAGCAAAGGUGUCCAAUUGUGAGAUUAAUUUUGUGACACGUGCUGAAAUCAAAUCGAUUUACGAGAAUGUUAAGAAGAACAUGAUAAGAGAACACAUGCUACUGAAAGGAAAUCGAAAAGUGUCAUUCGUGUGA